AUGUGUGAUGCCACAAAUAGUGUCCUGAACUGGUUGCUGGGACUGUCUGGGCUCUCGGGACCUUGGAGCAGGCCCUGGCCCAGUAGGAUGCCCCCGUGUCCUCCACAGCAGAGCAGGAACAGGGUGACACAGCUGCCCAUUCCGGAGCCAGGGGAGAUGGAACUGACUUGGCAGGAGAUCAUGUCCAUCACUGAGCUGCAGGGUCUGAAUGCUCCAAGUGAGCCAUCGUUCGAGCCCCCAGCCCCCGUCCCAUACCCAGGGCCCCCACCACCUCCAAGUUACUGCCCCUGCUCUAUCCACUCGGAGCCUGGCUUUCCCCUUCCUACACCACCUUAUGAGCUCCCAGCACCCACGUCUCAUGUCCCAGACCCUCCGUACUCCUAUGGCAGCAACAUGACCGUACCAGUCUCCAAACCACUGACCCUCUCGGGCCUGCUGAGUGACCCGCUCCCAGACCCCUUGGCCCUCCUGGACAUUGGGUUGUCAGCGGGGCCGUCCAAGCCCCAAGAAGACCCAGAAUCUGACUCAGGAUUAUCCCUCAACUAUAGUGACGCUGAAUCUCUUGAGUUGGAGGGGACAGAGGCUGGCCGGCGUCGCAGCGAGUAUGUAGAGAUGUACCCAGUGGAGUACCCCUACUCACUAAUGCCCAACUCCUUGACCCACCCCAACUAUGCCUUGCCACCUGCCGAGACCCCUUUGGCCUUAGAACCCUCCUCAGGCCCUGUGCGGGCCAAGCCUACUGCGCGGGGGGAGGCGGGGAGUCGGGAUGAGCGGCGGGCCCUGGCCAUGAAGAUCCCCUUCCCUACGGACAAGAUCGUCAACCUGCCGGUGGAUGAUUUCAAUGAGCUGCUGGCACGGUACCCGCUGACGGAGAGCCAGCUGGCCCUGGUCCGGGACAUCCGAAGGCGGGGCAAGAACAAGGUGGCCGCCCAGAACUGUCGCAAGAGAAAGCUGGAGACCAUCGUGCAGCUGGAGCGUGAACUGGAACGGCUGGGUAGCGAGCGGGAGCGGCUUCUCCGGGCCCGAGGCGAGGCCGACCGGACCCUGGAGGUCAUGCGCCAACAGCUGACGGACCUGUAUCGUGACAUUUUCCAGCACUUGCGGGAUGAAGCAGGCAACAGCUACUCCCCCGAAGAGUAUGCGCUACAUCAGGCUCCUGAUGGGGCCAUCUUCCUGGUGCCCCGGGGGACCAAGAUGGAGGCCACAGACUGA